GCGUCCAUUCGGGCCGAUUAGGGCAGCACGCCGUCGGCUCCGCGGCUCUACUUGUCGAGGAGCCGCUUGCAAAUCAAAUUCCGCUGAGGUUCUUUCAGAACUGAUAGAAUCCGCUGCUCCCUCUCCCUCUCCCUCCAGGAAACUUUUCUUCAGGAUCUGAGAUUGUAUUACCGCCAGGUUUGUGGAAUAAGCAAGUGGAAGAUGAUGGAGGCUUCCAAAGUUAUUCACGUUCGAAAUGUCGGACAGGAGAUUUCGGAGAAUGACCUACUUCAAUUGCUGCAACCAUUUGGUGCGGUUUCUAAGCUUGUGAUGUUACGUGCAAAAAAUCAGGCGCUUCUCCAAAUGUAUGAUAUAUCUGCUGCUAUAAGCGCACUUCAAUAUUACUCAAAUGUUCAACCCAGUGUCAGGGGAAGAAAUGUUUAUAUGCAGUUUUCUUCUCAUCAGGAACUAACAACUGUUGAUCAAGGUUCACAAGGACGAAAAGAUCAGGAUUUGGAUCCCAAUCGAAUCCUCUUAACUACAAUACAUCACAUGCUCUACCCUAUAACAGUGGAAGUUCUGCAUCAAGUUUUUUCUCCUCAUGGUUUUGUGGAGAAGAUCGUCACAUUUCAGAAGUCAGCUGGAUUUCAAGCUCUUAUUCAGUAUCAGUCAGUUCAUUGUGCUAUUCAAGCGAGAGACACUCUGCAAGGACGCAAUAUAUAUGAUGGCUGCUGUCAAUUAGAUAUACAAUAUUCCAACCUUAGUGAGCUACAGGUUAACUAUAACAAUGACAGAUCAAGAGAUUUCACAAAUCCAUCACUACCUACUGAACAACAUGGUCGAUCAUCACAACUUGGCUAUGGUGAUGCUGGAGGCCUUUAUGCACUUCAUCCAUCUGGAGGCAGGGCGGUUACGAUGGCUCAGAUGAACAAUGCUGCGGCAGUUGCAGCUGCAUUUGGUGGUGGUCUGCCUCCCGGUAUAAGUGGUAGUAAUGACAGGUGUACCAUACUUGUCUCUAACCUCAAUCCAGAUAAAGUUGACGAGGACAAACUUUUCAACUUGUUUUCCAUGUAUGGUAACAUUGUAAGAAUCAAAUUACUUCACAACAAGCCAGAUCAUGCUCUUGUUGAGAUGGGGGAUGGUUUUCAAGCUGAAUUGGCUGUGCACUUUCUGAAGGGCGCAGUGUUAUUUGGUAAAAGGCUUGAGGUGAACUACUCCAAGUACUCAAACAUUACCCCAGCCCAGGAUGCACAUGAUUAUGUUGGAUCAAACCUUAACCGCUUCAACCGCAAUGCAGUGAAGAACUACCGUCACUGCUGUGCUCCAACUAAAAUGAUUCAUAUAUCCACUCUUCCACAAGAUAUCAAUGAGGAUGAGCUCAUCUCUCAUGUGGAGGACCAUGGCACCAUUGUUGGCACAAAACUAUUUGAGGUGAAUGGAAAGAAGCAAGCGUUAGUCCUGUUUGAGGAUGAAGAGCAAGCUACCGAGGCCCUCGUUUGCAAGCAUGCAAGCAAUAUUGAUGGCAACACCAUCCGAAUUUCUUUCUCCCAGUUGCAUAGCAUUUAGGAGAUCCCCAUUAUGCUAUCACUCUUGGAGGAUAUGUUGUAUUUCUUCCAGUUGCAUAUGUUGUAUUUUCACUGUUAACUCUUAAAUAUUGUAGGCAUUAUUUGCCUUUGCAAUUGUUUCGGAUUCGAGAUUCUGUUGCAACUAUGUAAGAUUUGUUUGUAUGAAGUUGUCCAGUUAGAAUUGGUAGUUUAAUGCU